GAGAGAUGUGAAUGGGAAAAGGUGGGGAGUGGAAGGGGUGAGAUAGAGAGAGUGGGGGGAAGAAGAGAGACUGAUAAAAAAGAGAAGAUUGGAUAUAGGGAGGAGGAAGUGUUGUUAGAAAAAAGGGAGAGCAGAGGGAGGAUUGGUAAAGAACUAGCAGAGAAUAAAACAGAAACAAGAGACUACAGUAGUAGAAUACAUUACACCAAGUCCUGAGAGUUCUGUAUUCACAGAUAUAACACAGCAAGAAGGUGACAGAGGAGACUCAGAGAACUGACAGACAUUGCCAGUGCACCCUUAACCCAACGCUGGCUCAGAAAAGGGAGCGUUGAGCAUAAUUUAGCGCCACUUCAACCCUCAAUACCAGCGUUGCUUACGGUAGAGAAUGGACCCUGCAGAGUUAGAGGAACUUGUUAAAAAAAUGGAGGGAAUGGAAUUCCCUAUGGGUGAAAUUGAGGGGAUCAUACUUCCUCAGUCGACUUGUGACUCUUGGGAUGCAAUCCAGAAAUUCCAGGCACGAGAAGAUGAUAUUUUGAUAGCAACAUAUCCCAAAGCAGGGACCACGUGGAUGCAGGAGAUUGUGGAUCUGAUCUUGCUGGAGGCCGAUGUGGAUAAAAGCAUGCGUGCCCCUUGCUUUAUCAAAGUGCCCUUUAUAGAUCUGGUGCCAAUGAAACCCAUGAAGUCAGGUUUGGAACUAGCAGAAGAAAUGACAACACAACGUAUAAUUAAAACUCACUUUCCCAUCCAGUUGAUACCUCCUUCAGUUUGGGAAAAAAAUUGCAAGGUUGUUUAUGUUGCCAGGAAUGCCAAAGACUGCAUGGUGUCUUAUUUCCACUUCCAGCGGAUGAACAAAGGUCUGCCAGACCCAGGGACGUGGGAUGAAUAUUUCUCAGCUUUUCUUUCUGGAGACGUGCCCUGGGGAAGUUGGUUUGACCACGUCAUUGGCUGGUGGAAGGUAAAGGACAAACACCAAAUACUCUUUGUCUUCUAUGAAGACAUGAUUGAGGACCUAAGACGUGAGAUCAGGAAAUUGAUGAAGUUUAUUGGAAAAGAUCUUUCGGAGGAAGUUGUAGAGAAGAUUUAUCACCACACUACCUUCCAGGCCAUGAAAGAAAACCCUAUGACAAACUUCAGUGUUCUACCAAAUGUUGUAUUUGACCAGUCCAUCUCUCCAUUUCUGAGAAAAGGGACUGUGGGUGAUUGGAAAAACCAUUUCUUGGUGGCUCAGAAUAUCGUCUUUGAUGAGGAAUACAAAAGGAAAAUGCAGGGUACCGGACUGAACUUCCGAACACAACUGUGAAGCAAUAGCAUCAUAUGCUAUUUUAUUUCUAGACUAUUGUUUUAUAUAAAGCCAACACAACUGAACUUUCAAAUUAUUAUUUUGUAAUUUUUCCAAAUGGUGACUAUUUUUUAUAUAAAAAUCUGUGUCUUAUAUAGAAGAGAAGCGCACGAGCUGAAAUGCUUAAACGGAGACAGUAAAGUCAAGAAUAACUCAUGAUUCAGACUAUAAUCUGUGUCUUAUAUAGAAGAGAAGCGCACGAGCUGAAAUGCUUAAACGGGGACAGUAAAGUCAAGAAUAACUCAUGAUUCAGACUAUGGGGCCGAUGUAUCAAUGUCUGUCCGACAUGACGGCUGUAGCGUAUCCGACAGACAUUGCUGAAUGCUGACAGCAUACGCUCUCUGCAUUUAACAUUUCACAAGCAGUUCUAGUGAACUGCUUGUGCAAUGCCGCCCCCUGCAGAUUUGCUAGCAGGGGGUGUCAAUCAAACCGAUCGUAUAGGAUCAGGCGGAUUGAUGUCCGCAGCUUAGAGGCAGCCACUCAGGUUUUAUUACAUUUUCAUGAUUCGGAUACAGCAUGUCAUUUUAAACAACUUUCCAAUUUACUUCCAUUAAAAAAAAUUUGCACAGUCUAUUAUAUUUACACUUUUUGAGUCACCAGCUCCUACUGAGCAUGUGCAAGAACUCAGACUAUACGUAUAUGCAUUUGUGAUUGGCUGAUUGCUAUCACAUGGUACAGGGGGAGUGGAAAUAUACAUAACUUUGAAAUGUGUUAGAAAAGAAUCUACUACAGAGUAAAUGUUAUUGUAUUGUCUUGUUAUCUUGCAUUUGUUGAUUUUGCAAAUGUGCUGUGUUUACUUUAAGACCGCUGCUUCAUAACUGCUGUUUCCGGUGAGUCUGAAGGCUCGCACGGAAUCAGGGGCCAUUCGGCCCUUGAUAAAUCGGCCCCAGAGAGUGCAAUUAUAAACAACUUACUAAUUUACUUGUAUUAUGAAGUAUGCUUUCUUCUUUUGGUAUCCUUUGUUGAAAGUGAGCCAAUGACAAGAGGCUUAUAUGUGCAGCCACCAAUCAGCAGCCAGUACCUAAUACUGCAUUACAGCUCCUGAGACUACCUGGGUAUGCACUUCAAUAAAGGAUAUCAAGAGAAUGAAGCUAAUUUGAUAAUAGAAGCAAAUUGGAAAGUUGUUUAAAAUUGCAUGGUCUAGCUACAUCAUAAACGUUUAAUUCUGGCGUUCUGGCCCUUUAAUUAUCUUUAUGGGGGAUGGGUUUGUUUUAGUAAAUAGAUCACAAUCUCUAAGAUUUAUGUCACAUCUAUAAGAUUUAUGUCACAUCUAUAAGAUUUAUGUCACAAUCUAUAAGAUUUAUGUCACCUCUAUAAGAUUUAUGUCACAAUCUCUAAGAUUUAUGUCACAUCUCUAAGAUUUAUGUCACAUCUAUAAGAUUUAUGUCACAUCUCUAAGAUUUAUGUCACAUAUAUAAGAUUUAUGCCACAUCUCUAAGAUUUAUGUCACAUCUCUAAGAUUUAUGUCACAAUCUCUAAGAUUUAUGUCACAUCUCUAAGAUUUAUGUCACAUCUAUAAGAUUUAUGUCACAAUCUCUAAGAUUUAUGUCACAUCUCUAAGAUUUAUGUCACAAUCUCUAAGAUUUAUGUCACAUCUCUAAGAUUUAUGUCACAAUCUCUAAGAUUUAUGUCACAUCUCUAAGAUUUAUGUCACAUCUAUAAGAUUUAUGUCACAUCUCUAAGAUUUAUGUCACAUCUAUAAGAUUUAUGCCACAAUCUCUAAGAUUUAUGCCACAAUCUCUAAGAUUUAUGUCACAAUCUCUAAGAUUUAUGUCACAAUCUCUAAGAUUUAUGUCACAUCUCUAAGAUUUAUGUCACAUCUCUAAGAUUUAUGUCACAUCUCUAAGAUUUAUGUCACAUCUAUAAGAUUUAUGCCACAAUCUCUAAGAUUUAUGUCACAAUCUCUAAGAUUUAUGUCACAUCUCUAAGAUUUAUGUCACAAUCUCUAAGAUUUAUGUCACAAUCUCUAAGAUUUAUGUCACAAUCUCUAAGAUUUAUAUCACAUCUAUAAGAUUUAUGUCACAUCUAUAAGAUUUAUGUCACAAUCUAUAAGAUUUAUGUCACAUCUAUAAGAUUUAUGUCACAUCUCUAAGAUUUAUGUCACAAUCUCUAAGAUUUAUGUCACAUCUUUAAGAUUUAUGUCACAAUCUCUAAGAUUUAUGCCUCUGGACUCUAUAAGGUUUUGCUUUUUUUAAUCUAUGCCUAAUGAAGGACUGCACCGCCAACAAUCUGUAUGCAAAAUAAAAUAUUUUAAAGAUGUUA